CAUUAGCUCUCUCUCUCUCUUCAGGCCCUGCCUAUCCCCAGGGAUAUGUUCUCCUCAAUCAAAGGAGUACCAGUAAAGAGACCAGCUGAAGUCACUGUACCUCAAUCACCUAACAUUACUAAGAAAAGGAAGACUGUUGAUGAUGAAGAGGAGCCUACUUCACCUCCUCCUGUAUCUACCUUCAAGCCACUCCCAAUGCCAAAGUUCAAUAAACCAUUCCAACCCACACUAACACACUCUCAGUCAACAAUACCUCAACCUUUCUCUUUUGAUAAUAAGUACACAAGUAAAGAUGAAGUGAUAGAGCAACUAGUGCAGAAAGAAGAAGAGGAACUGGCUAAAAAAAGAGAGUUCACUGCUCGUAAGAUGCCUGAACCAGCUCCUCCUCCUACGAUUGUUAAAACUCAUCAGAAGACACUACCAGAACCAUUUGCCCUCAAGACAGACGAACUAGGAGAAAAGAAACUAGCAAAAUUCCAUGAAAAGGUGGCUGAGUUAGAGAAGGAGCGAGAAGAGACGUCGAAAUUCAAAGCGUCGGAUCCUUCAUCGUUAUACACGCGUCCUUUCAUACCAGCUAAAUCAACAAAACCACUGACUGAGACUAGCAACACUUUCACACUACAAACUGAACUGAGAUCAGAACUUCGCUCACAAUACGAGUUUGAGAAGAAAUUAAGAGAAGAAGAGAGACAGAGAACAGAAGAAGAGAGAAAAGCUAUAAGAGAAGCUGAAGAGGCAGAAGAGAUAAAAGCUCUACGACGUUCUUUAGUUCACAAAGCACAACCAAUCCAUCAUUAUACUCCUUUAAGUAUUGUCCCUAGUACUAAGAAGCUAACAGAACCUUCUUCUCCUGUAUUGGUAUCGAAACAAAGGAAGGAGAAUGAGAAUCAUGACUUAUAGCUUAAUGAUUGUAUGUACAUGUAGUUGUAGCUUUAAUAUUUUAAUUACUAAAAGCACACGAACCAUAUUAAAGUUCAAGAUUUAUUUUGAAAAAUAACUUUAAAUUUCACUGCAUUAAAAUUUUAGCAUUAUAAUGUUAAAAUAAUUAUAAUAAUAGUAUUACAGUUGAUGUAUAAUUCUUACAUUUUAAAGUUAA